UAAAAACAGCAAAUAGGAUUGGCUUGUUCUGUUAGCAUUAAAUUAACAUUAUGCUAUAGUGUUAGCAGUUGCUGCAACAUUAUGUUGCAAAUGUUGCAGAACUGCACUCGUACAAAGAAGGAGGAGGAAGAGAAACCGUCAGCGUCACACAGAGACUCGGACACAAAAUCGCUGAAGAAAAAGACAUACAGCUGUGAAGCUGUUCCUCGCCCUGCUUGAUCAACCAGACAUCCUGUCUUUACUGCAGGUUUUYACUGUUGAUAAGAAAGUGGCUGAAACUUUAAUUCACUAAAUGAGGAUGAUUACUCUCAUGUGGAUGACGCUGCUCCUCACAGCGACAGACAUCAGCUCCAGCUCAGAUCCAGGUGCAAACCCCAUAUUAAAGAUUCCUCCACUGACUGAAGGAAAAGAGGCCACUCUGUCCUGCAGCGCUCCUGACUCCUGCUCUGAUCCCAAGUUCAUCUGGACCYGGGUUCAUCCAGGAGAAAACAGCUCUUAUACUGCAGGAAACAAGACAAAAACUCAGACGUUUAACCCCUCAGCUAAACAUCACGGCGCUGCGGUCACCUGUCGGGUCACCUGCCACAAUAACASGUCUGCAGAGGUGACAGUGACUCUGAAUGUAACCUAUCAGAGGAGCCUGAAAAUCACCGGAGAGUCGUCUGUAACGGAGGGAGGACUUCUGAUGCUGACCUGCAGCGUUGACAGCUGGCCUCUGUCCUUCAUCACCUGGGCUAAACAUGGAUCCAACACAACCUUAAAGAACGACACCGGWGCAGCUUCGCUUAUCAUUCAUAAUGUGACAGCUGAGCACAGUGGACCGUACAUCUGUACCGCAAAACAUCUGGACAACACUCUCAUGGAGCAAGUCAACAUUACAGUGAGGAAUGCGAAGAAGCCAGCAAUCAGUGGAAAAACAAGACUUAAGGCCGGUGGGACUCUGACUCUGACCUGCACUGCUGAUAGUUUCCCUCAAUCUGUCAUCAAGUGGARCAAACAUGGCAUCAACAAAACCCUGAACAGUCAAAGCAAACCUGAGUCUGGAUCAUCUGCUCUUAUCAUCCCAAACGUGACUGUAGAAGAUUCUGGACUGUAUUUCUGUACAGCAGGAAAUAUGACACAAAACAUUACAGUCACAGUGAUGAAUCGGAGACUUGACAUCACUGGAGAGAAAGAAGUAACAGAGGGCCAUUCUCUCAAUCUGACCUGCAGCUUAGACAUUUCCCCCCCACCGUUUAUCACCUGGACCAAACAUGACGUCAACACAACCAUGAGCAACGGUACGGGAGYGGCCACGCUUUUCCUUUCUAACACAACGACAAAACAAUCCGGACGGUACGUCUGUACAGCAAAACACCUCAACAACACCCUGACAGGAGAAGUGGAUGUAAAAAUAAAAUAUGUGAGGAAACAUCAGAUUACUGGAAACACGGCAGUGAAAGAAGGUGAAACUCUGAAUCUGACCUGCACUGUUCAUAGUUUCCCUCCAUCAGUAAUAAACUGGACUAAACAUGGCAGCAACAGAACUCUGGUGAAUAAAACCGGACCUGACUUUGGAAAGUCUAAUCUUGUUCUUCAUAAUGUGACCGUGGAGGAUUCUGGGCAGUAUAUUUGUACAGCAAACGCCCUGACUGACAGCAUUAAUAUAAAUGUGAUUUUGCGACCUGAGAUUCUAACAAAGUCUGGAUGUGAGGCUCAGCUGGACACCCUGACCUGUGUGUGCAUCAGUCAGGGGAUUCCUGCACCCACCAUCAAAUGGCUGCUGGAGAACCAAACUGAGUUCUCCUUUAACACCGCAGUGUCAAAGCACUCGGUGAAAAGCACCCUCGUCCUAACUGCAGCCAACCACCGCUGGGCUCCAGCUGUGUGUGUCAGCAGUAAUGAAAAUGGAGAAACAAAAAGGAAUCUUAUUAUAAAACAAGCAGAUAAAGAAGACCAAAUCACAAAAAUGUUGCGAAGUAUCACCCAACCUGGAACAGUUAUCCCCUUUCUGACUGGAAUGUUACUUUCAGCUCUUAUCUUCUGUUUGCUGAUGCUGUGCUGCAGAAAAAGACAGAAGGCUGAAAGAAGUGAGGCUCUGGAGAUGGUGAUGAGUCAGGAGAGUUCACUGACAAAUGGUGGCCAAGUCAUGGAAUAUGAGCAGAUCCAGGCUGAAGGAGCCGCUGGAGGAGCUGAAGCUGGGAGUUCAGAUGUGGAGUACUCUGAUGUUAAACUGUUGAUGUGGAAGAAAAAAAAUUCAAAGGAGAAGAAACAUGAGCCCACAGAUACCGACUACGCUAAAAUUAAGCCAAAAAAAGCAAAACCGCAGGCAAAUGAUGAGGCGAAAGAAAAAGAGGAGCUGAAACUCUGUCCGCAAGACGUGGCUGGGGGUGAAGAUGCAGCCGUGUACUCMAAUGUGACAGAGCUAAUGGACCAGAGCUGAGAGUUCUGUUGCAGACGAACUUAUUCCUGAUUUAUCUUCGUCUUGUCGUCAACAAUCCUGGUAUAAAAGCUAAAAGCAAAAGAAGAAUAAAACUCAUCCUCUCAAAAUGAGUUGUGUGUUGAACAGGAAACGGAUCAUUUUGGGUUUACUCGACUGUUUUGCUUGUUGCAUUUCAGAGGAACUGCGCAACUUUGGCAUUCCGUUAAUUAUACAGGUGAAUCAGUUUUUGCCUGUUUCAUCAAGUCAGAUUUAAUAGUAUGAUCCCGCUGGGUCAAAAACAAUAAUGGACCAGGAAAGCAGAACUUAUCGGGCGUGCCAGGUGCUGCUACUCAAACAAGCGAUCUGGACGACGAGAGGACGAAAGUAGGAGCAGAUCACUUUCAGUGUGAGAGAAAGAAAGACACUGUGUGUGUGUGUGUGUGUGGGGGGGGGGUGACAGGACUCAGCUCAUGGUUCAGCGGAAUAAAGACGGCACUGGUUGGACAAAUGAAUGGAGGGAAAUUGUGAUGUCAUCAGGGUUUUGAGAGGACCAAGUUUCUAAUGAUAGUUCAGGAAUGGGCAACUUAAGUGAUGGAAAGCGUCACAGUGCAAAUGUACCCAAAUGUAAUAAAACUCCCAUUUUAAAUACAUUAUAUUGCCAAAAUUAUUCGCUGACCUGCCUUGACUUACACAUGAGUUUAAGUGACAUCCUCUAAAUCCAUAGGGUUGGUCCACGCUUUGCAGCUAGAACAACUUCAACUCUUCUGGGAAGGCAGUCCACAAGGUUCAGGAGUGUGUUYAUGGGGAUUUUUGACCAUUCUUUCAGAAWGAGGUCACAUACUGAUGUUGGACAGAAGGCCUGGC